AUGGUAGAGCUGCAGAGGGGCUCCAGUGAGGUGUUUAGGCACACUGUCACCGAGCGAGACCUGAAGAUGUCCAACCUAAGAGGUCAGAUGGAGAGACUGAAGAGGGAAAGCAGCACUGCCUCAGGUUGGUGUGUGUGUGUGUGUGUGUACGCGCUUGUGGCAUGUGCAUGCCUGUGUGCCCAUGGAUUUCAGUGUCAGUCUGACUAAGUGGUAUCCAUUUAGGUCUGGUAAGAAGCUUACAGAGAGACCUGAGUUCGAGGGAGAAGCAGGCUCUGAAACUGGCGUCUGAGGUGGACAGACUCCGGCAGGACAUCCGACACAAGGACAUCCAACUGGGGGCUACUGCCACCAAGGUCCCCCUUAUUUUUGUUUUUGAGUAUAUUUCUCAGAAUCUCAUAUUAUCAGUUAUUUCUGUCCAGAUUCUUAAUUUUCCUUUGACUUUAAAGUAAUUAAAUGUAAUAACUUUUAUAGACUACAAUUAUUUUAAGACUUGUUAAGUUGCGUCAAUUCAAAUCUGGUAUUAGGAACAAAAGAGGUCAAUACACGUCUUCUAAAAUAGACUAGUAUUUUAAUUAAUGCAAAACCUUCAAUGGUAAAUAUGAUGUUCGUAUAUACGGGUCCACUGAAAUACCACGCAGGGCACUCAGGGAACUAAGCCAUUGUUAUGAGUUCUUCUUAAAAUACUCUGACAGAGAUAGUUCCCGCUCCCUGCUGGCCAAUCAGAGUAGAGACUGAGCGUGGUUUAGACUUACUCAGCCAAUCGUUGGCGCACAGGCUGGUCCCAGGCCCUUGGCGCUCCACUGUUGCACACUGUUGCCAGGCAUAAGUUUGUUAUCAUCACAACCUGUAGAGUCAUCACCCAUAGACACUGUUCCCCUGUACCUACGUCCUUGGACGGUUCACAGAUCACAAAGAGGCAGUGUUCGUGUCUGUGAGAAAUACAAGUCUUAUCUCAUCCUACCCCCUAACGUUCCUCACAUGAAUCACAGCUUGUUAUGUGAAACAAUUUAUAUCAGUACAGUACAAACCCAUUAUGUUUAAUCAUUAAUGCAUUCCUUCUAAGCUAGUCAUCACAUCUAGAUCCCCACAGACUUUACUAUGGCUGAAUGAUAUCCGUGUCCUUUGAGAAUGAUUGCAGAGAUGAUUUAGUGUCGAAACCAGAAUCUUUUGUGAGGCCCCAUUACUUGAACUGAGAAAUACUGUAAAUAAAUUACCACCAUAUUAGCUUUUGCUAGUUGAAGGAAAUAAGGGGUGCUAUAGCUAUGCAGGUGUUGCUGUUCUGUCUGCCAUAUUUAAGCCACAGACAUCCAUCUGCCUCAAGGUUUCCUGUUAACCACUUUUCCUAUCAACCACUUGCCCUUUGUUGCCCAUUUCAGCUUUUCUCUCCUCUCUCUCUGUCUUUCUGUCCCCUAGUUCUCCAAAAUAAUCAAGAAGCACCAGGAGGAGUUGCUCAACCAUGAACAUGAGGUGAUAACACUGAAGAAGGUAGAUAUCCAUUUCUCUGACCAUGUUUGAUUCUUCAAAGUAAAUAGAUAAAGAAUGCAUACCUCCCUAUUUCACUCUGUUUCCUCCCUCCCUACUCCUCUCAUGUUAUCUGCAGAAUAAUGAGAGGUUGGAGGUUACUUUGAGGGAUAAGCAGAGGCUCCUGGAGCACCAAACAACAGAGAGGGACUCACUAAAAAACAGACUGGAGAAGAAGAUUGGGGUUAGAACUUCAUGUCAAGGUUUUAUGUUUAGGAAAAUUACGGCAUCGUGAGGUGGAAUGGGAUUUUGAGGGUUCUUUGCAGAGGAGAAGAAGCUUCUAUUGUUCUAGUUAGAACCCUUUUUUAUAAGAGUGUAUAGAAAUAUAAUGCUUUUACAGGGACAAAUCCUAACGUGAGAUCUGUGCGUGUAAUUUAAAGUUUCACAUACAGUAUAUCAUGUUGAUGUGUCGGUGUGAAUUUUGAGUUAUGCGUACAUAUCUCAAGUGAGGAUUUGUCCCUUUUCGAGGAACAUUGAUUGGAUACAUAUAACAUAUUAUUGGGAGGAUAUGAUGCAGUUAGAUCUAGUGGGAUAGUUUUUGUGAAAUGUGAAUACACUGUAGUUCCAAAGCUCUAGAUUGACUCCUAUCAUGGUGUGCUCUAGGAGCAAGCUUCUAUGUUAGCGGAGUCUGAGGCAGAGAGGCACACACAGCAAGAGAAGAGCAAAGCUGAGCUGGAGCGGGUGCAGGCACAGGUAAGAUCAAAUAAUUCUAGUGCCUCUCUAAUUCUAGUUCCAGAUAAUUACGCAAAUCAAUUUAAAUAUCCUUCCUCAUAGAAAUUAAAGUGUGAUUUCAUGAAUAUGAUUGACUUAAACUGAAAUGGCGAGAAGUGAGGGAGUGAAAUAGUGUUUUUUGUCUCAGAUUGAGCACCUUCGUGACCAGCUGCUGAUGAUGUUACCCACUGAACCCUCUGACUCCAUUUCCCAUGAUGCCUUGUCAGACCAGCAGGUUAGUGGGACCUCUCUGUUGACAGUAUAGAAAAGAGACUGAUUGAUAACAUAAAAGUAUAUAAAAUGUCCCAGAGAGCUACAUAUUGUGAAGAUUUGCAGGGUUGGGGUACAUUUCAAUUCAGUCAAGGAAGUAAACUGGAAUUCCAAUUCCAUUUUCGUCUUAUUGAAAAACAUUGGGUUGGGCCAUGAUGGUUUGUGAUGACCAGAAAUGUGGGGAAACAGAUCCGCAAAUUACUUGGGGUGUUAUAUGGCUAUGCUAGCCAAAGGAAUGUGGUCAUCCAUAAUUUAGCCACUGGCUGUGACCUUUGCUCCUUGUAGGUAUUAGAACAGGUGGCAGAGCUGCUAGGAGAGAGAGAGAGCCUGAUGAAUAAGGUAGAGGAGCUGGAAGGACAACUGAAGGAGGUCAGGACUGAACAGGAGAGGGCAGCAGAGGACACCGAGAGGCUGAAGAGUAGGCUGGAGACCUGUCAG